AUAAUUUAAUUUAGUUUUGUACAGUUUUGUUUUACAUCGUGUUUGUGUGUGAUUGUGUUCGUUUCGUGCUAUAUCAUCAUGAGUAAUUACGAAGAUGAUCAAAGUGAAGAUGGAGAAUUAGCACGCAGUCCAGUUCAAGAAGAAAUGGACUUCAGCUUAUCUGAUGAAGAUCGUGAUAAUGCUGAUUCUUUAGUCAUUAAACCACCCCAAGCAGUAAUUCGCCCUUCACACCGAGAUAAGCGGAGUCAUAAGAGACCUAUGAAAGAAAGAUAUAAAGACAGUGCACGAAAAGAGAAGAAACAUAUGUACAGGGAACGUGAUAAGUCUGACAAAUCAAAGAGAGACAUUGCUAAAAACUCUGAUCGUGAAGAUAUUGCCAAAGAUUAUUACCGGGAUAAACAAUAUUAUAGAGAGAAAGAAGCAUACAGGGAGAAGGAUGCAUAUAGAGACAAAGAAUUGUACAGAGAAAAAGAAGCUUAUGCUAGAGACAAGGAAGCAUAUAAUAGGGAUAAAGAUUAUAAUCGAGAAAAGGAUGCUUUUAAUAGGGAUAAAGAAAUGUACAGAGAAAAAGAAGUUUACAGAGAAAAAGAACUUUAUAGGGACAAAGAUGUAUUCAGAGAUAAGGAAAUAAGAGAAAAGGAACUAUAUCGGGAAAGAGAAGUAAGGGAAAAGGAAGCCUACAAAGAAAAAGAGAUGUAUAGAGAAAAGGACAACUACAGGGAUAGAGAACACUACAAGGAAAUAUAUAGAGAUACAACCUUCAGAGAUACUGCUCGUCCACGAGAGGCGUACAGAGAUAAAGAAGUGUAUAAAGAAAAGGAAGUCCAAAGAGAUCGUGAAAUAUUUAUGAGCAGGGAGAGACAGUAUAAAUAUACUGAAGGUGAUCGCAAACGAGUUGAAAAUGAGAAAAUAGAAUCAAGAUUGCGGUCAUUAGCUGGAGACAGUCAAACUGAUCAUUAUAACGAAAAGGAAAAUAGAGAUAGAACAUCUGGAGAUAAAGAGUUAGAAGACUUAAGAUCGAGGUUGCUUAGCAAAAGGAUAUCUAAAGAAUUACAGACUCAAGAUAAAAAAUAUGAUGAUCGAAGUUCAAAAGCGGAUCGCCAUGCAACUUUGGAUAAGCACCAACAAGAAAGAAGGAAAAAGUUAUUGGAAGCAGAAAGAGAGAUGGAGAAAAGGAAACAUGAAUCCCGAAAUGAACUGGAAGCUAGGCGUGAAGAAAGGCGACGUCGGGGCAGGAAACGGUCAGCAUCCUCCGAAGAUAUAUCUCACAAAAAAUCAAGAAACACCCAAUCUCCAAAUUAUGGUGACUCUGUAGUAACAGUUUCUGAUGCAAGUGAUGUUGAUAUGAAAAGUGAAUCGCCACAUUCCGAACCUGAAGAUGGUGAACAUUCUAACAGUGACACUGAAGAUGAGAGUAUGAGCACAGAAUCUGAUUCUGAGGCUAAUUCAAAAUCGGAAGAUGAUGACAAUGAAGAAAAUAAAGAUGAAGUGAAGUCUGAUAAGGAGGAGUUCAAAGAACGGGCUAUUGAGAAAUCAAUGCCCAAAUCAAAAUCACCUACCCCAAAGUCAACACGUAGAACACCAUCCUCACAUGGAUCAAGAAGAAGUCUUUCUAGAUCAAAAAGUAGGAGCAGAUCACAUUCAUUUUCACCGCCGCCGCCAGGGGAGAACGGUAAUACAACUGUGGAAGAAGAAAAGUCUAAAGAAGAGGAAGGUGAAGCUAAACUAAGAGAAGAAGCAAUCAAUGCUCUUCCACCUUAUUAUCCAGCCCUGCAGGGUUGUCGGUCAGUUGAGGAAUUUCAAUGUCUGAAUAGAAUAGAGGAAGGCACAUACGGAGUUGUUUACAGAGCUCGUGAUAAAACUACAGAGGAAAUUGUAGCUUUGAAACGGCUCAAAAUGGAAAAGGAAAAGGAGGGAUUCCCCAUCACAUCACUGAGAGAGAUUAAUACCCUGUUGAAGGGCCAGCAUCCGAACAUCGUGACGGUGCGAGAGAUAGUGGUGGGCUCCAACAUGGACAAGAUAUUUAUCGUCAUGGAUUAUGUUGAGCACGACCUCAAGAGCCUUAUGGAGACGAUGAGAGGAAAGAAACAAGUUUUCCUUCCAGGUGAAGUGAAAUGCUUGAUGACCCAGUUACUAAAGGCUGUACAUCAUCUUCAUGACAAUUGGAUAUUACACAGAGAUUUGAAGACGAGUAAUCUACUGUUGUCACACAAAGGUAUUUUAAAGGUUGGUGAUUUCGGUCUGGCAAGAGAGUAUGGGUCGCCUCUACGUCAGUACACACCCGUAGUGGUAACGCUAUGGUACCGCGCUCCAGAGCUGUUGCUUUGCAGCAAGGAAUAUUCCACACCUAUUGACAUGUGGAGUGUAGGCUGCAUCUUUGGAGAGUUCGUGUCCAUGAAUCCGCUGUUCCCCGGAAAGUCGGAAGUAGAUCAAUUGAAUCGAAUAUUUAAGGAUCUCGGCACACCCUCGGAGUCAAUCUGGCCGGGGUACAGCGAGCUACCUGCUGUGCAGAAGAUGACUUUUGCAGAGCAUCCAUCUGGUGGCCUAAAGCAACGAAUAGGUUCCGAUCUACUCUCCGAGGCGGGGCAGUCGCUGCUCAACGGGUUCCUCACGUACAACCCCGAGAAACGACUCACUGCCGACGCCGCGCUUGACCACACCUACUUCAAGGAGCAUCCGGUAGCGAUAGACCCCGCCAUGUUCCCGACGUGGCCCGCCAAGUCGGAAGGCAAUCGUCGCACAACGCACAGCCCUAGGCCUCCCGCGGGCGGGGCUGCGUACGCUCAAUAUGCCCGCGCAGAUUCGGACGAGGCGCUCGGAUUCCAACUACAACAGAGAUCGUUGAACGUAGCGCCAGGCUUUUCGCUCAAAUUCUAGUACACACCACGAGAAUCCCCCCGAUGUGACCCCACAGAACGCCCCCACUGAAGUGCGGCCAACUAAAGAAUGCGAUCCUGACAGUAUCAUUCAUCAUCAGCAUCAUUAAUGUCCCCACUGCUGGGGCACAGGCCUUCCCUAUGGAUGGAAUGGGGUAAUUGGGCCAUGACCCACCACGCGGGCCCAGUGCGGAUUGGCGGGUGCUAACGACUGCAGAUGCAGCCGGGACCAACGGCUUAACGUGCCUUCCGAAGCACGGAGGAGCUCGAGAUAGUAAAUUUUUUGUCACCCAUCUAAUGACCGACCACUGCGAAAAUUGCUUAACUUCAACGAUCGCAGCUGAACGCGCCAAUCACUUGCGCCAUCGAGCUCCUCAUCAGUACCAUAGCACGAACCAAUAUCGAAUUCGAAUAGUUGAAUUCGAUCUUGAUACGUAUCAAUUGUCAAGAAGUUUUUGUAUGGAAAUCGGAGUAGCUAUCGACGUGAAAUUGGCGGAAUUGCGGGUAAAUCCCAUUUGAGCCAUUAAAAAAGAAAGAUAAGAAAGAAGAAUUCCAUAUUGGAUCGUGCUAAGUGUACAGGUCGUGUCAGUUCCUCAAGUUAAUAUUCUCAUAUAUCAUAUAAAUUUCGAUCUAGUAAAAAAGAGGUCCGAAAACAUCCUUUCGCCAUAAGAACUAACACGACAUAUCAGGAUCACUUUUAUUCGUUGGCCGCACUAUAGAGACCGCAUAUAUGGGCAUCCGCUUAUGCCAAGUUUAAGCGUAUGUCACGCCUCCAAACGUGACGAUACAUCGUUUCACCAAUUAUGCGACAAUGCGUCUCUCUCUCUCCGCAUGCCCCAAAUUUGGCGAUUCCGGUUUUAAACAAAAAUUUAGUAAUUCGGACUUAGUGGAGGUGCUCCGUGACCCCAACUUUUACAGCAGCGUGCACCUUAUAGAAAGAAAAUGAAGUCUUGAUCGUACAAGACAGAAUGCAAGAUUUUAGUGAGUUUUUAAACUCAUUUAUUUUUACUUACCUCGUGCAGGACACAACUCCUUUCACACAAACUAUGAUGUUGAGUUAACGUGUUUUUUCAUUUGUAGUAUUUUGAUAUAUAUUUUGUUAACAUCAUAGCCUUUUUGUCAUUUUGUAGUAACUAUUAUACGCAACGAAUUAGUAAAGUAAUAUGGAAGCAUUACUCCCUAACAAAGGCCUAACAGAGUUCCAAACCCUUCAACUGAACUUCAAUGCUAAAACACGGCACACAACCAAAACAAAAUAUUUUGUCAAAUCAAAUAUCUGCCAAUGAAUAGGGAAAAUUUUAUGAUUAAAAUGUUCAAAAAAUAUAAAAGAAAGGCCACUGCA